UUUCCAGUGCCUUUUCAGUUACCUCACUGCAGAUACUUCAUCUGGAGGAGUGUAGGGAAUGGCAAAUUCUAUCUACUCAUGGAAUGCAUUCCCUUAGGAAGCUGACAUUGAUCAGGAGUUGAAUUUAAUGGAACUCUCAGUUCCUUCCUUGGUAGAGUUGAUCCUGAUUGGCAUGCCAAAAUUGAAAAAAUGUACCGGUUCUUAUGGAAUGGAUUUGACUUCCCAUUUAAGUGUUUUGAUGAUCAAGAACUGCCCUCAACUGAAUGAGUUCACUCUUUUCCAGAGUUACUCUUCUUUCGACGCUGAGCAGAAAUCCUGGUUUCCAUCUCUCAGCAAACUGUCCAUCGGGCAGUGUCCUCAUAUAAUCAACAACUGGCCAAUCCUUCCACUAAGAGAAAUGGGGGCACUCAAGGAGUUGGAGUUGAUGGAUCUGCAUGUUGUCAGAGUGUCAGUUCCUUCUCUGGAGAAGUUGGCGUUGACUAAAAUGCCAAUCCUGGAAUAUUGCAGCAGUCUAACGACUUCUCCACCUCUCCAAUCUUCACCUCCUGAAGGAGAUCAGAAUGAAUUGGUGUCUAAUCUCCGUAGACUCACCAUCCAUGAUUGCCCAUGUUUGAUAGUGUCACAUCCUCUUCCGCCUUCUGCUCUAAUUUCUGAGUUGUCCAUCAGUGGGGUUUCGACACUUCCAACAAUGAGGAUAAACUGGAGACGUUUCACUAUCGAAUCUAAUGAGUUGUGUAUGCUGGAUGAGAGUAUCUUGGCAUUUCAUAAUCUGAGGGGCAUAACAUUGUUUCGAAUAAGAAGCUGUCCAAAUCUGAUCUCUCUUUCAAGUGAAUCUUUCAGCCAGCUCAUUGCUUUAGAGACUUUAUCUAUACAUGAAUGCCCUAAUCUUACUAUGUCAAACAUUAUGCCAGAGGUUGUCCAGGAAAACAGCACAUCUACAAGCAGCCUUGUCCCCCCAUCUCUCAAACGUGUCAACAUUAGCACAUGUGGCGUAACUGGGAGGUGGCUAUCUCAACUGCUUUCACAUUCGCAGUCCCUUGAGGAGUUGCUGUUAACUGGCUGUCCGCAGAUAAAGUUUCUAUCAAUCAGUCAACCUAGAGAAACGGAAGGGACCAGCAGUUUGGUUUCAGCAGUGACGACCUCGGCCCAAGAUGAACAUGAAUUGAAACUGCCAUAUAAUCUCCUAUGUUCUCUCAAGGCGCUAUGCAUUCAGCUAAGCCUGGAUCUGAAGUUCAUUGGGGGUAAUACAGGCUCUACAAGAUUCAGCUCUCUUACGCAGCUUUUCCUUCAUGGUUGCCCCAAGCUACUCUCAUUGUUGGUGGGUGAAACAAAAGAUGAUGGUACCAUGGAUGUUGGAUUACUCCCACCAUCACUUGAAGACCUUAGUAUCGGUCCUCUCCCAGAAAACUUGCAGUCAUUCACUCCUGAAGGCCUUUUGUACCUCAAAAAGUUACGUCUAUCUUAUGGCCCAUGUUUGAAGUCUGUACAGCUGCAUUCCUGUACGGCCUUAGAGGAGCUGGAUAUCAUGGGGUGUGUCCAGCUGACUGUACUGGAGGGCUUGCAGUUUCUCAGCUCCCUUCGAAGCUUGAAGAUGGAGAUGAAUUCCGAGCUGUCUUGUGCAUGGGAUCUCAAACUGCAGGAACAAGAGCAGGGUGGGAAUCAAAUUCAGUUAUUUCCUCGGUCACUUGAUAAACUUGAGAUCACGGCCGUCACGGACAGGGUCCAAUCCCGUCUUCUGUCCUGCCUUCCUGCCAUGACCAAAUUAGCAGUACAGAGAAGUCCGGAACUGACGUCUCUACAGUUGGCAUGCUGCACGGCACUGAAAGAGUUGGAAAUUGGAGACUGCGACUUGCUUGCGUCGAUCGAGGGCCUCCAGUUCUGUAGAAACCUGACAUCCUUUAAAGUAUUUAACUCCCCCGGCCUACCUUCCUGUUUUCAACUUUUGUCCGACCAGCAAGGUGUCUGUGAAGUAUGGUCUGGAUUGAAAACUCUUGUGGCUAGUGACGCAUCUAUCCUGUCCAGGCCGUUCUGCAAACAGCUGACUUCCCUAAGACGUCUACAGUUUGGCUCUGCGUAUAGUGCAAGCUUGGUGAACCUAACAGACGAACAAGAGAGAGCUUUACAGCUUCUAACCUCACUCCAAGAACUUCAAUUCCUGAGAUGCCCGAAUCUCUUAUCACUUCCUGCAAUCCUAUAUAGCCUGACCUCCCUCGGAACAUUAUCUAUCGUACAUUGUAGGAGCAUCACAAGGUUGCCAGACAUGGGCUUUGCACCUUCGCUCAGUCACCUUGAGGUAGCCUAUUGCAGUGAGGAGCUAGGUAUGGAGUGCAGAAUUGCAGCAACUGAAAAGCUAAGAGUCACAAUUGAUUAUGUGGAUGUGAAUUAAUUCAACAAUAUCUACUUCUGAGGCUGCAGCCACCCGAGAUGUUGUACACAUUUCUGCACUCACUGUCACCAGCACAUUUUGUGCAAGUGCCAUUCACCCCUUUGGCUUUCCACAAGCUGCUUUAGUCGCAUGUGGGAUGGAUGCAGAAACCAUGGUUGCAAUAGGCGUCUUUUUGUUUAUCAGGGGCAUUGUGACCAGUUGCUCAUCGCCAUGAGCUUCCGCUAUAGCAAGCCUUACCAUGGUUUGUUGCUUCAGCAAUAUACAUCACGGCAUUGGAAUCUGCGGUCAACCAGGACUACCUGUUGAGUGAUGAGUACACAUUAACUUGACGAUUCCAUGGCUCAACCAUUGCAGGUGUGUAUUGGCAGUUGGGCCAUGCCCAUGAAAAACUGAAGAAGGUACAGCAAAUCAGUCGGUGACAAUCUCUCCUACGAGGACUCGAGGUCGAAGUCAGUCGAGGGGGCAGCAGUGGAAGCAACUCGUAUGGAAUAUGGGACUUUUAUAUAUGAACCUGCCGGGAACUAAACGAGUCGUACCACCAACAUACCGCCUCGUUUCGCUUCCUCCAUCGUCUGCUCAUCUCACGACCUCCUCUACCACCUUCUCUCUUCUCAGCAGCGCAGUGGAUAGUUAAAAUAAUGUUUCAAAAAAUUAGCGCAGUGGGUGACACUCAACCCGUGUUACCCAUCAAGGUUGGGUCAUCACUAAAUUUGAAGUUCCUGGAGAUGCUCUCAUCGAGCUCGGCAAAGAGAGCUUUCUGGCCGCCCAUUUAGUUUGAGGCACCUGUGUUCAGAACUUCAGAUACUAGGCCUCGUAGAAAGCUUUGUAUAAGAUGAUAGGAAAAGAAGCCACCCUGUUUGUAUUCUACUGUAUAACGAGGCAACAAAUAUUUCCAAAGCCGAAGUGCUACCAUUUGUGGAACAGAGGGAGACCACACCCGGAUUAAAGAUGGAAAGUAGAAAUACAGUAGAAUGACGACACCACUCAGUAAGAAUUGAAUUUGUACUUUGCUAUGCGACCUUCUGUGCCGAGAUUCCAUUCUCUGCAUUGCAUCUGAUUGGGCACUGGAGGGUAUGGCUUGCAAGUGUAGGUGAUCUGCUCCAAUAACCUGUGCCUUGUAGAGACAAAACUUCUAUAUAUGUUUUUUGGUAUA